UUGUGGUCCAACAUAUUUAAUGCCCAACUGUCACACCAAGUCUAUAAAUUGUUGAAAGCUUUCUUGCCACAAUUCACAACUUAAUCAAGCAUAAAAAGUUAAUCACAUAAAUAGAACUAAGUUUAUUGUUUUAUUGUUUUGAGCGAUGGAAAUGGUUUCUGCCAACUUUCGUCCACUCACCACCGCUUUCACCCCUAGCUUGUGGGCUGAUGUUUUCAAUACAUUUUCUUUCGAUGACCAGUUGCAGAAUAAGUAUGGUGAAAAUAUUGAAGCACUGAAGAAAGAUGUACAAAAUAUGCUAAUGGCUGCAACUUCUUCUAAACUGAUUGUAUUAGUCGAUAAACUUGAGCGUUUGGGAUUGGCUUAUCAUUUUGAAACCGAAAUUGAAGAGAAGCUCCAACAGAUUCAUAAUUCUGGGAAUAAUGAAGACUACGAUUUGUUGACUACUGCACUUGGAUUUCGUUUUUUGCUCAGACAACAUCAAUAUCAUGUAUCUUGCAAUGUUUUUGAGAAAUUUGUUGAAGAAGACAAGAAAUUGAAAGAAAGCCUUUGUAACGAUGUUGAGGGGUUGUUAAGCUUUUAUGAAGCAGCUCAGGUGAGGAUUCAUGGCGAAAAUAUUUUAGAUGAAGCAAUGGAAUUUACAGUUGAGCACUUGAAUCGUAUGGUACCAGAAUUAAAGUCUCCCACUAAAGAGAAAGUGCAGCAAGCUCUUCAACUCUCCAUUCAUAGGGGUGUUCCCAUCUUGACCGUCCGUUUUUACAUUUCUAUUUAUGAAUCAACGGAUGAUGAUCAGCUGCUUGUGAAACUAGCUAAAUUCAACUUCAACUUCUUGCAGAAUAUGUAUAAGAAAGAACUCUCCGAACUUUCAAGGUGGUGGAACAAAUUCGAGCUUAAGUCGAAAUUGCCAUUUGUAAGAGAUCGAGUAGUAGAGUGCUAUCUUUUGGGAACAACAUAUGGUUUUGAGCCUCAAUACGCUUAUGUUCGACGAGAUGUUGCCAAAAGUGUACUAAUGGUUACAGUUAUGGAUGAUAUGUAUGACAAUUAUGCUACACUUGAAGAAGCUCAACUUUUUACUCAUAUUUUGGACAGGUGGGAUAUGGAGGAGAUAGAUGUGCUCCCUGAAUACAUGCAAAUUGCAUAUAGAUUUAUUAUGACCAUCUUCCAGGAAUACCAACAUGAAGCAGCAAAACAAGAUAAAUUAUUUGCGGUUCCUUGUUUCAAAGAAACGGCGAAACAACUUGGUAUAGCUUACAACCAAGAGCUGAAAUGGGUUAUGGAAAGGGAAAUGCCUUGUUAUGAAGAAUAUAUGAAGAAUUCAGUGAUUACAAGUGGUAUUUAUGUGAUAUCCACAGCUCUUGUCCCCACCUCGAAAUAUUUUAAUGAAGAAGCAAUUCAAUGGCUGCUCAGUGCACCCAAAAUCGUAACUUCCACUGCUAAGUUAGGAAGGCAAUUGCAGGACUUGGCCAGCCAUGAACGCGAGAACAAGAAGGGAGAAUUACUGACAGUGGUGGAUUGCUACAUGAAAGAUAAAAACACAUCAAAGAAAGAGGCACUUUCCAAAUUUGUGGAAUUGAUUGAGAAUGGAUGGAAGGAUGUGAACACAGAAUUGGUAAAGGUAAAUUGUGUGGCCAAAAAAGUAGUGGAGAAAGUUGUAAGGUUUGGUAGGACAUCAGAGGUGCUUUACAAGAACAAAGUGGAUGGCUUUACCAAUCCGGAAACGCAGUUGACAUCAUACAUUGUUGCUCUGUACGUGGAUCCUCUACUCAUUUGAUUUUCGUUUGUUUUGUUCCAAUGUUUAGCUACUUGUUUUUCUUGUGAAAUUCUGUUCAAAUGGGGAAUUUCACUUGAAAGCUUUCAAUCAGGCUGGUUGGCCAUGUU